AUGCACGCGCGCACUGCCACGACCACACGCCUCCUGCACACGACAGCCCGCACCCACGCCCGCCUGCUCAACCCCUCGACCUCGAUCUCGCCCGACCACGGUCGCGCGACCGCACCUCCCCCGCCGGCACCCGUGUGGAAGCCCUCGUCCGCCCGUGCUCCUCGUCCACCACCGGCACCGACCCACAAAGGCCCGCUGCGCCCCGACCCCGAGGCGCAGGCCCUCCUCGACCGCAUCGGCUCGUCCCCACCUCCACCCCGACGAGUGGCACCCGCGCCUCCCUCGCCCGCCCCAGCGCAGCGCGCAGACGACCUCGAGCGCGCCGCCACGCUCGACACGUUCCUCCUGCGUACGCUCGCUCAGCUGUCACAGCGCGGCGCGGCCGCCAGCACGGGCGUCGACCUGCACACGCUCCUGCGCCAGCACCGCGAGCGCGAGGGGACGGUCCUCAGCGACGCCACGCUCAGCUACGAGCCUACGCCCGGACCGUCGAGGAGGGUCCGGCUCGAUGGGCGCGCGGGCUCGGCGAGCGGCGGUGGCGGCAGCGGCGUCGUCGACGAGCAGGAUGGGACGGUCGUCGUCGCGCAUGUGCUCGGCGGCAAGGAGCCGAGGGUGAGCGUGUGCUCGGGCUUUGCGCUCGGCAAGUCGGCGGGCGGCGAGGGGCAGCUCAUCCUCACGGCGGCGCACACGCUCGAGUCGCUGCAGAAGAGCCUCCACGCGACCGAUCCUGUCGUCCCCUCGGCCACUUUCGUCCUCGCGUCGUCGGGCCACGUUUGGACCUGCUCGUCACUCGCCUCGUCCUCCUCGUCGGCCGACGUCCUCCUCCUCCGCCUCUCGACCUCGCCCAUCAACGCUUCCUCCUCGGCGCCUACCCCACCCCUGCGCACCCUCCCGAUCAACCCGUACCCGCCCCCUCCCUCGUCCGAGGUCGCGCUCCACACCUACAUCAACCCGCUGUCGCGCCUCAGGCGCAAGCUCGCGCGCGAGCCCGAGCGCGCGUGGACCCGGGGCCGGAUCGCCGAGUACAAGGACGGCAUGGGCCGCACGGCCGAGGUCGGCACGUACGACGAGCUCGCCGCCAUGUGGCUCGACUGCCACCCGACCGAGGGCAGCAGCGGUGGGCCUGUCGUAGACUGCGAGUCGGGCAGCGUCGUCGGCGUCACUCGAGGCUCGACGCACGCUCACGGCGAGCGCGGCGCGUACGGCUUUGCGACGCCGGCCGAGCGCAUCUUUGAGCUGUUCCGCCUGCCCGGGUUCAAGACGUUGGCCGAGCGCGAGGCGGACAAGGUCAAGCAGGCGGCGCAGGCGAGUCCGAGCCCGAGUCCGAGUGCGAGUCGAGGAGGGCAGGAGGGUCAGGCCAAGUGAGGGCUCUUACGCUGUUGUACAGACUGUGUAUCUAGACUAUUAUUGAAUCGUGUUGCGACUGU